AUGGGGCUCAAGCUUGGGGAGAAAGCUGCUUCCUUCUUCUUUGAAUAUGACACCCCCCGGAUGGUGCUGGUGAGGAACAAGAAAGUGGGACUCAUCUUCCGGCUGAUCCAGCUUGUGGUCCUUGGUUACAUCAUAGGGUGGGUUUUCCUCUAUGAGAAGGGUUAUCAGUCACAGGACGGCAUCAUCAGCUCGGUCUCGGUGAAGCUCAAAGGUUUAACCGUUACUAACAUUAGCGGGAUAGGCCCACACGUCUGGGAUGUGGCCGACUAUGUUUUCCCACCUCAGGGGGACAGUUCAUUUGUGGUGAUGACGAACGUCAUUAUCACCCCUGGACAGAAGCAGGAUAUUUGCCCUGAGCUGCCAGAUGCAGGACGAUGCAAUAAUGACAGUGAUUGUAUCCAAGGGAAAUACAGUCGCCAGGGGCAAGGUAUCAUGACUGGGAAGUGUGUAGAUUUCAACAGCAAUAACAAGACCUGUGAGAUUUUUGGCUGGUGCCCUGUAGAAGAGGACGAUCAGAUUCCUGACCCCCCAUUGCUCUUAGAAGCUGAAAAAUUUACCUUAUUUAUUAAGAACAGCAUCACCUUCCCCACGUUUAAAGUCUCCAGACGCAACCUGGUGGAGGGCAUUACCACAAGCUAUCUGAAAAAAUGCACCUACCACAAAAACAAAGAUCCCUUGUGCCCUGUGUUUGAGCUGGGAUACAUUGUGAAGGAAUCGGGACAAAAUUUUCGUGCUCUGGCCUUUAAGGGCGGGGUUGUUGGUAUCACCAUAGACUGGGACUGUGACCUCGACUGGCCCGUGACAUACUGUAAACCUGUUUACCAGUUUCAUGGACUUUACAAUGAUGACAAUAAUGUUUCACCAGGCUUCAACUUCAGGUAUGCCAAAUACUACAGAGAGAAUGGAACUAACUACAGGACUUUGUACAAGGUGUUUGGAAUCCGGUUCGACAUCCUGGUGAAUGGAAAGGCAGGUAAAUUUGACAUCAUCCCAACGAUGACCACGAUAGGCUCUGGAAUUGGUAUAUUUGGAGUGGCAUCUAUAGUGUGUGAUCUGCUCCUACUGCACUUUCUCCCACGACGGGAUUAUUACAAACAGAGGAAAUUCAAAUAUGCGGAAAUGAGGACUCCUGUGUGUGAAAAAGAAGAGGCUUCCCCUUCCUCCAUGAGCAAUCUGCAGAACAACGUGACGGGCUCUCAGUGAAAUGGUCUGCACUGAAAGAAGAACCUGUAUCCUCUUCCUCUUCUGAUAUGUUGAAAUAG